ACCGCUGAUUACCAGAAUAGAUAUCAAAUAAUUUAAUAAUGUGCCCUUCAGAUGGGGUGACCAAUGUUGCGUAAAAUAAUCCCGAAACGAAGACAGCGUGCCGUUUUUUUUCUGGGACAUGGUUACACUGUGGCCCAAACGGAACGCGUGAACAAAAAAUCAAUAGGUAAGCCGUUUGGUAUGGUAUAAUAUACAAAAAAAAAGUGUGCGUAGUCCAGUGACAAUGUAAAUUAAUGAUGCACGAUGUACUACAGUGCAGCAGCUGCCGAGUACCGACGCGACGCGGUGACGCUGAUGAGUUGUGUUCGACGUUCGAUUACCACUUCCACAGUUACACCACCGUUACCGUAUUAUAGUGUCUAACUGCUGUACGGCUUGCAGUGCUCGACGCUCGUACCACCAGUCACCGCUCACCGUCGUUGCCGUUCACGAAUUAUUAUUGUUCGGUCGGCGAGUGGCGAAACGUUAUCUGCGUAUUCCGAUGGUCGAGUUGUUUUAAAUUAAUACGUUUUACAAUCUUCAAUCUCGCGGACGGCGAUUAGUAUGUCGAUACGUCCUCUAGAUCUGUCGCAUUAUCUGACAUAAGCAUAUCAUACGUUACUAUAUUCCGGUUGCCUACGUAUCUACUUAUAGUCCACGUAGUAUAAAUUAAUUAAUCAUUGCGUAUCGGAAGCGUCGAACGGAAACGAAAAAAAUGUACCAGUGAGCCUGCCGAAUCAACUGUCAAUACUUAAACUGCCGCUGCCGUCCGACUGCUGAGUAACGACGACACCCAGCCUGAAUAGAAACUUUGUCAAUAUCGAGAACUGCAUAUAUAAAGACACAGAAAUGGAUGAAGGAAUGGAUCCGACAUUUGCAAUGAGACUGAGGGCGCAGCUGUCCAGGAGUCCUGACUACGUUGUUUUGAAAAACCGUCAAAAACAAGUAACAGCAGAAUCGAAGUCACAAUCUGUAGAGAAAGAAAAUACACUAUUGGGUUUUAAAAGACUUGAAGAAAUGGAGGUUGAUGACGAUCCAAAUCAAUUAAAAUCUUUUAAAAAAUUUAAAACUGAUCAACCAUGUACAUCUGUUCAAACUUAUGAUCAGUUUAAUGGUUUUCGAGCUGAUCGGUUUAUACCUUACCGGGAGGCACAUAACCUUGCAGCAAGGUUUAAUAUUAUAUCAGAUAUUAGAUACGGUUUAGAUUAUGGUAAGAAAGAUUUUCAAAGUGAAGCUGCUAACAAAGAUAAUGCAUACAAAGCCAUUCUCCACAAUGAACUGCUUGGAUCUAGUGUUGGUGAAAUAAGUAUACAAGAUAAAAACCGUGAUCGUUUAGCUACCAAACGAAACUUGUUCCAAUACUAUUCCUCCAGUCCUGAACAAGUUGAUAAUAUUCAAUCACGGGUUCCUUAUUCUCUAUCUCCUCUUGGCUCUAAAAGUCAAGAAAUUUUACGGUCGCCACGUAAAAUACCUCGCAAAAUUUCUAGAGUGCCUUAUAAAGUCCUUGAUGCCCCUGAACUGCAAGAUGACUUUUAUUUAAAUUUAGUUGAUUGGUCAUCUUCAAAUUUACUUGCUGUUGGGCUAGGAAGUUGUGUAUAUUUAUGGUCAGCAACUACAAGUAAAGUCACAAGAAUUAGUGAUUUGUCAUCUGAUGGUAAUGUUGUUACUUCGGUUGCUUGGAAUGACAAAGGCAAUUAUUUAGCCUUUGGUACUCAAGAAGGAUCUGUUGAAGUAUGGGAUAUUGCUGCAGAAAAGCAAGUCAACAGUUUAACUGGACAUGCAGGCAGAGUCGGUGCUAUCGCAUGGAAUGGUGAUGUUGUGUCUUCGGGAAGUCGAGAUCGUAACAUAUUUUUAAGAGAUAUGAGAGGUCCAAGUUUAUCUACAUGUAGGCGAUAUGCAGGUCAUCGGCAAGAGGUAUGUGGACUAAAGUGGUCUCCAGAUAACAGAUACCUAGCAUCUGGAGGAAAUGAUAAUAGACUUUAUGUAUGGAAUACACAUGCAUACACUCCACAAUUGACAUAUCACCAACAUACUGCUGCAGUAAAAGCAAUUGCAUGGUCACCCCAUCAAAGAGGUCUAUUGACUAGCGGGGGAGGUACCGCUGACAAAUGUAUACGUUUUUGGAACACGCUAACUGGACAACCAAUGCAGUGUAUCGACACAGGAUCACAAGUGUGUAAUCUUGCUUGGUCAAGGAAUACUCAAGAGUUGGUUAGUACACACGGAUAUUCUCAAAAUCAAAUUGUUGUUUGGAAAUAUCCUUCGAUGAGUCAAAUUGCCAAACUCACAGGCCAUACAUUCAGGGUAUUGUAUUUGUCCAUGUCUCCUGAUGGAGAGUCCAUAGUAACAGGAGCUGGAGAUGAGACAUUAAGAUUUUGGAAUAUAUUUUCAAAAGCACGUUCACAUAAAGAACCCAAGUCGAAACUAAACCUUUUUACAAACAUUCGAUAAGUGAUGUGUAUUAUUACAAUUGAUCCAUAUAAUUUAAUCAUGUCUUGAUCUCUCUUUCUUAUAUAUUUUAUAUUUUGUUUGCCUUUUAGCCAUUUUUCAGUUUGUUGCCCAUUGAACAAACUUAACUAUUUUUAUUUUUUUUAAUUGUAAACAAUUAAAUUUUGUUUUGAUUUUGAUUUCGCUUUUUUUCAAUACUUUCUUUUUUUAUUAAACAAUUUUGUGAAAUAUAUUUCUGUAAUUUUUUUAUUUUGAAGUGUUAGUUUAUCACUUAUAAGUGAUAACUUUUUAAUAGAUAAUUAAAUUCAGUAGGUAAUACUAAGACCCAUAGGAAUAAUUU